AACAGAAAAAACAAAAACAUGUAAAAGAAACUCAUACUUGAAUUCCAAUUCCCAUAAUCAUCAUCAUCAUCGAGCACCAGGGCCUCAUGACCGACGCUCAAGACCAAUCCAAUUGGAAACCCAAGCGUUCCCACUAUCCGCCGCCUAAUCCUCUGCCCACUGAUCGCCCCGUUAGAAUCUACGCCGAUGGGAUCUACGAUCUUUUUCACUUCGGCCACGCGCGCUCUCUUGAACAAGCCAAGAAACUGUUGCCAAAUUCUUAUCUCCUUGUUGGAUGCUGCAAUGAUGAAAUCACCCACAAGUAUAAGGGCAAAACUGUUAUGACAGAGGCCGAACGUUAUGAAUCACUUCGCCAUUGCAAGUGGGUAGAUGAAGUCAUUCCUGAUGCACCUUGGGUGGUCACACAAGAAUUUCUUGACAAGCAUAAGAUCGACUAUGUGGCACACGACUCUCUUCCCUAUGCAGAUGCUAGUGGUGCUGGAAAAGACGUUUAUGAAUUUGUCAAAUCUGCAGGGAAGUUUCUGGAAACAAAACGAACAGAUGGGAUUUCAACAUCAGAUAUUAUUAUGAGGAUUGUUAAAGACUACAACCAAUAUGUUAUGCGAAACUUGGAUCGAGGAUAUUCAAGAAAGGAGCUGGGUGUUAGCUAUGUGAAGGAAAAGCGGCUGAGAGUUAACAUGAGAUUGAAAAAACUGCAAGAGAAAGUGAAGGAACACCAAGAAAAAGUUGGAGAAAAGAUCCAAACUGUUGCAAUGCAUCGUAAUGAGUGGGUGGAAAAUGCUGAUCGCUGGGUUGCUGGUUUCCUUGAGAUGUUUGAAGAAGGUUGCCAUAAAAUGGGCACAGCUAUCAGGGACCGAAUUCAAGAGCGGUUAAGAGGGCAGAUGUCGAGUGACUCUAAAUAUCUACUGCCGAAUGGCGAGGAUGAUGGUGAUGAAGAUGAAGAAUAUUACGAUGAGGAUGAUUAUUCUGACGAUGAUGGAGAAGAGUACUACUAUGAUGAUGAAGAUUCGUAUGAUGAGAAAGACGAGAAAGAAAAGAAAUAGAUCUGGCUUUCCAUGAUUGCAUCUAGUAAUAGGUCUAAUGCAAACCAUAUUGUGCCUGGUUGUGUAUUACUUGUGGGUUUUCUGUAAAAUACCAUAGAAAGUUAAAAAUACAUUGCCAGGAGUUGUGAAGGAAGCUUGGUUUUAAGUGGAAACUAAAACCUUUUUUGUAAUUUAUUUUUUAUUUUUCAAUUAUCUAGUGUGGUUGAGAUUUCUCCAAAAUUUGUAACACUCAUACAUGAAAUUGCUAUGUAUGCUUCUUAUUUUUGUGAUAUGGUAGAAAAUUAGUAGUGAAA